AUCAUUAGUAGCUCACCUGUAUCGUUGGUUCUCCUACCUUCCAACUACUCACCAUUAAAACCCCUGGACAGAGAAACUAUGUACUGGUCAAAUAAAUAAGAACUGUUAUUCAAAUCUCAAUUCUUUACAGCUCGACAAUCAAAUUCAAAUUACGGUUAGGCAAUUUAAUCAAUAAAUAACUACCCAUUUUCUGCAAAAAAGAGAGAUUGGAUUGAGAAUCAAUUUGUGUCGAGAAAUAUGAAGGUCACUGUGGUUUCUCGAAGUGGUAGAGAAAUCAUCAAGGGUGGAAUUCAACUCAGUGAUUCGGCUACUGUGAGUAAUCUACAGGAAGCUAUUCAUGCUAAAACAAAAAAGUACUAUCCUUCGAGACAACGUCUCACUCUUCCCGUCAGUCCUGGAUCCAAAGACAAACCUACUGUGCUCAACUCCAAGACGAAUUUAUCCGAUUACUGUGAUGCUAAGAAGGAUAACCUGACAGUGGUGUUCAAGGAUCUUGGUCCACAGGUUUCAUACCAAAUACUUUUCUUCUGGGAAUAUGUCGGCCCUCUCGUCAUCUAUCCUCUCUUUUACUACUUACCAGUGUACAAGUUCUUAGGCUACAAAGAGGAGCGUGUAAUUCAUCCAGUCCAGACCUAUGCCAUGUACUACUGGUGUUUCCACUACUUCAAACGUAUUAUGGAAACAUUCUUUGUUCACAGAUUUAGCCAUGCCACUUCUCCCAUUUCAAACGUCUUUAGGAACUGCACUUACUAUUGGUCUUUUGGCGCUUUCAUAGCUUACUAUGUGAAUCACCCACUUUAUACCCCAGUCAGUGACCUCCAAAUGACGAUAGGCUUUGGGUUUGGUAUAAUUUGUCAAGUUUCUAACUUGUAUUGCCAUCUUAUACUGAGGAAUCUUCGUAGCCCCAGCGGUAAUGGAGGAUACCAAAUCCCAUAUGGGUUUUUGUUCAAUAUAGUGACUUGUGCAAAUUACACAACUGAGAUCUACCAGUGGUUGGGUUUCAACAUUGCAACACAGACUGUUGCAGGUUAUGUAUUCCUAGUGGUUGCUGCUUCUAUCAUGUCCAACUGGGCCUUCGCAAAGCACCGACGUCUGAGAAAGUUAUUUGAUGGCAAGGAGGGAAGGCCAAAAUAUCCUCGAAGAUGGGUUAUUCUUCCUCCAUUCCUCUGAAAAUGUCAGUCAGAAACCUGCCUCCAGCUACAAAGUAAGAUGAAUGCUCUACUCAUUGAAUAGACUGCUUCCUCGUCUGCUGUACCUUUAUCAUGCCUCGCCAAAAAUCUAGUUAAUUUGAUUCAGAUCAGAUUCUGUAGGUUUUGCAGAAAAGUUAACCUUGGAUUUUCUCAUCUUUUUUAUGACAAUUGUUAAACUAGAGAUUGCAUCUACUUGGUGUAAUUUACUGUAAUUGGACUAUUUUGAAGGUUACUUUCGUGAUGAUCUUCAUUUUUAUUUCAUGCAAAAGAGGUAAAACAUUAAUCCAUGGCUGUAUGAUUUAAACACCUUCUAGCCGUUA